CCCUCUCUCCCCAUGUCUCUCUCUCUCUCUCCCUCGUUUCCUACCUCUCUCAGUAAGGACUGCACAGGGAGUAUUGGACUGCGAGGCAUCUGGACUGUGCCAAGUGUGCGUGCACUAGUAGUCCAGAGAGCCUCCACAGGGGUAGCUGUUGCUGGUGGUGCUUCAUGAAACUCUGUUAGACUUGACCCCCCGCACAAUGGCAGACACUCGUCUCUGGCUGUGCCUCAGCCUGAUGCUGGCUCUCCACACGGGCCCACUGCAUGCCUGGUGGUGGAACGCAGCAACAACGCCGUCUCCGGUCAACAACCCGGGGACAGCAGCAGUAGCAGGAACGGAGAUGAAGGAGGAGAAGAUCACAGACGUGGGCUCAGAGAUCCUGGACGUGGCCAGCGGAAUCAAGCAGAUCAUGCAGACGUGGGAUCAGGACCCAAGAGCUGGCGGAGCAGGGCGGACAGGGGAGCAAUCGACGGGUAAUGACAGGUUACGAGUGGAGCAGCUGGUGUUUGGUUCUGAGGCAGGUCAUGGAGGGUCCUCUGGGGGAGAGAAAGGGUAUGAUGGUCCCUUGGUUACAGCUAGGGCUUUGGCAGAUUCAGGUUCAGGGUCUACUAACCCUUCUGGUGUAGGUAACGACUGGCGGCUGCGUGACGUCACCGUGCCGGCCUGGAUGACCGCUGGUGACGUGUCUCCCGUCUGUCUCCCGCGCGGCUCUGAUUGGGGCUUCUGCUCGUCUGGCGGCAGGGCGUCUAGCACCUUCACCGUGCCCAACUUCCUGAACCACACCAGCGCGGAAGAGGUGGGGGCCACCCUGGGCGACUGGGCGGGGCUCCUGAGCUCACGGUGCCACCGGGAUGUGGAGAGGUUUUUCUGCCUCCUCCUGGCGCCGGCUUGUCCGGGGUCAGGUGCUCUUCCGUCUCCGUCACCCCCUCCUCUUCUGCCCUGUCGCAGCCUGUGCGCGAUCCUGACGGAUGCGUGCUGGGGGGCUCUGGGCGGGCGAGAGCUGCCCGUCACGUGCGACUCUUUACCGGAGGGUCUGCCCCAUCAGCACCCUUGCCAGCCCGUGUCCAGUUGUAGAUGUGCAGUAGACCUGACACUGCAGCAGAUAGUGGAGGACCCAGAGUCGUCGUCGGUCGAGCGGAGCGUUGAUCCGGACGGCAACCCGGCCUUCAUCUUCUCCAAGAAGUCUGGGGUGUCGCGGCUGGCCUACGGUCUCCUGGACAGCCCCUUCCACCGCAACUUUGCCCUGCUCUUCCGCCUGAUGGCUGCCAAUGACACCGGCAUGCUCUUCGCCCUCACUGACAAGUCCCAGAUGCGGAUCCAGCUGGGCGUGAAGCUGACCCGCGGGAAGCUGACCGGACGGCAGGUGGCGGUCUACUACAGCGACUCCAAGGGCAAGACGUACGGCAAGGCACGGUUCGCGCCUGUCGCCUACUUUCCGCUGCCCACCGAGAACCACGUGUGGACGCGCUUUGCCAUCUCUUUCAGCGCCAACAAGAUCUCCUUCUUCCACAACUGCAACCGCGAGCCCAUGGUGGGGACGUUCAGUCGCUCCAAUGCACCCCAGCUGGUGGAGGCAGGGGCGGCCAUCAUGGUUGGGCAGGGAGGCCACCAAGACGGGGAUAAGUUUGAGGGCCAGAUAUCCCAGUUGACCAUCAGUGGGGACCCAGCCGCAGCUGAGAGACAGUGCUACACGUCUGAUGAUGAGGAUGAGGAUGAUGCCUCAGGAAGUGGAAGUGGAGAUGGCAUUGACACUGAUACUGAUGACGGCAUCACGACACGACCUCCCAAACAAAAGACCCAGGAUGUGCAACUUCUGCCAGAACCCCCAGUGUCCCGCACUGCCUCCAAGGGAUCUCUUGACACUGGACGGGAAGAAACAGGCCCCAAAGGAGACUCAGGGUUUGACACUGAGGGUUCUGGUGACACCUCUGAGCAGGAAGCCCCUAGAGAAAAGGGAGGUAAAGUGGUUGGCUCUCCCGGCAUGAAGGGGGAUACCGGACCUCCAGGUCCUCCAGGUCCUCCAGGGCCUCAGGGUCCACUCACAGAAGUUAUGGACGCUGGGGACGGGAAGGUGGUGCACAAAGUGGAGGGCCGCCAAGGACCACCGGGGCCACGGGGGCCCUCAGGGCAACCUGGGCCAGCAGGCCGUGAUGGCCAAACUGGUGAAAAGGGUGACCAGGGUGUAGAGGGUGCUGGUGGGCCGCAUGGUUUCCCAGGAACCCCAGGGAACACUGGAAUGAAGGGGCAGAAGGGGGAGCAUGGGGUGGGCCAACCUGGACCUCCGGGGCUCCCAGGGCCCCCAGGGAAUGGAGAGACGACCUUUGUGGAUGUGGAAGGCUCUGGAGGAAAAAUGCCUGUACGGCGUGGACCCCCUGGUCUUCCCGGACCACCAGGACCGCCUGGCCCAGCAGGUUCUGGAGAAGAUUCCAAUGGAUCAGGGGCAUCUGGACCCAAUGGAAAGCCUGGACGUCCUGGACCUUCUGGGCCUAUGGGGAAAGCAGGACUUCCUGGCCCACCUGGGCCAAGAGGAGAAAAGGGAGAUUGUGGGACUUUGGGACUUCCUGGAUCUGGAGGGGAUACUCAAGACGGUUUUUCUGUCACUUCUUUUUUCGACAACUGGCUGCCUUAUUUUUCGUCCACAGCAGCACCACAGGGUAAACUGGGUAACGGUGGAUUGCCUGGAUCCCCAGGUCCUAUGGGCCCAUCUGGACCUCCUGGGCUUCCUGGGCCCCCAGGCCCAGCUGGAAAGGUCACCAUUGAACAGAAUGGCACUGAGGUGACCCUCGUUGAAGGACCACCUGGACCUCCCGGGUCUCCAGGUCCAAAGGGCCCUCAAGGUAUUCCAGGUCUACCGGGAAAGGCUGGAUUUCCAGGAAUUGCAGGCCAGAAAGGCAGCGAGGGUCCGCGGGGACGGGAUGGUUUUCCAGGAAUGGAUGGCUUCCCUGGGAGACCGGGGGAUAAAGGAGAACGAGGACUCAGGGGUGAAAGGGGGGAGGCAGGGAAGGAUGGAGGUCCACCAGGGCCUCCUGGGCUUCCAGGACCACCAGGGGAGAUCGUGUUCCCGAAUGUAGGAGACCAUGAGGGAGUUGUUGGGAUCGCUGGACCACCGGGUCAGCCUGGUCUUGCUGGUCGGGCAGGAUUCCCUGGCCCAAUGGGGCCAAAAGGGGACAGAGGGGAGCGUGGGCAGUCAGGUGUUCCUACUAAGGGCCAGAAAGGAGAACCUGGUGUGAUUUUGGCUGCGGAUGGAAGCCGUCUGUAUCCGGGGUUGACAAGCCAGCCAGGGGAGCCUGGACCAACUGGGCCUCAAGGACCUCCUGGUAUACCCGGCUAUCCAGGGCAGAAGGGGGAGUUUGGAAUGCCAGGCAGGCCGGGGCGCCCAGGUCUGAACGGGCUGAAGGGAGAGAGGGGAGACUCAGUUGGUGGACAUGGAGGAUAUCCGUUCCCGGGUCUUCCUGGGCCUCCAGGUCCUCCAGGACCACCGGGCCCCGCUGGGGCUGUUCUCUCACUGGACAGCUUCUCUAAAAAUGGAGAACGAUCCAGGCAUCAUCCAGUACUUAAAGGAGACAAAGGAGACCAAGGAGCUCCAGGCAUCCCAGGGUUCUCAGGUGGCACAGGAGGCUUUGACUUCAAUGCUUAUAAGAAUGAGCUGAAAGGUGAAAGGGGAGAUACAGGCAUGAAGGGGGAGAAAGGAGAAGCGGUUGGUGGAGGGUACUAUGACCAACGAUACGGCGGAAUCGCUGGUCCUCCAGGCCCUCCAGGGCCACAGGGUCCGAGGGGAGACUCAGUAAGGGGCCCACAAGGACCUGCCGGGCCUCAAGGCCAGCCAGGAUACGGUCGCCCAGGAAACCCAGGUCCUCCGGGGCCACCUGGACCUCAAGGAUCUAACUUACCUGGAGCACAUCGAUCCUCUCACACCGUAAAUGUCCCAGGCCCACCUGGUCCACCAGGGCCACCUGGAGUUCCUGGUUUGGCCUCAGGGGUCAUGGUUCUGAGGACUUACGACAGCAUGGCCUCUAUCUCGAGACAACAGCCUGAGGGGACACUCGUCUACAUCACAGACAACACAGACCUGUACAUAAGAGUGCGAGAAGGUUGUCGAAAAGUACAGCUUGGUGAAUACACUCCCUUCCCUAGAGAAGAAAACAAUGUGGCAGCCGUCAACCCUCCCCCAGUGGUGCAGUACCCUCCAGAUCACACGGGGCCUGAUUCUGGGGCCUCCUCAUCGUCUGAGAGAGCCCCCCCUCAGUCUGAGGGCCAGUCCGAGUCCCUGGAGAUCAUUCCUCAGUCAGGGUACCCUCAUCACCCGGCGUCCCCACCCCGGCACCCUUCUAACCCCUCCUAUCCUUUCAAUCCUGCCUACCCUCCUCAACCUGGGUACCCUCCUCAAUCUGGGUACCCUCCUCAACCUGGGUACCCUCCUCAACCUGGGUACCCUCCUCAACCUGGGUACCCUCCUCAACCUGGGUACCCCAAAUACACAGUGACAUCUCAUGGGACCUACCCACAACAGCCCCCACCCGCAGACCCCAGGUACUCCCCCUCACAGCCUGAGGGACGGUAUCCGGACCACCGCUAUCCUAAUGGCCGGCUUCCCAGCAGCACCCACCGAAGGCCCAGUGACCCCCAGCCCCCAGCUUCCACCCACGAGCACAGGGCUGGGCCUGCGCUGCACCUGAUCGCCAUGAACCACCCGCAAGAGGGCAACAUGCGGGGCAUCCGAGGUGCCGACCACGAGUGCUUCACGCAGGCACAGGCUAUAGGCAUGAAGGGAACAUUCCGGGCUUUCCUUUCGUCACGGCUGCAGGAUCUCUACAGCAUUGUGCGCAGGUCUGACCGGGAGCGCAUUCCCAUCGUCAACCUGAAGGAUGAGGAGCUUUUCAGUAGCUGGGAGUCCAUCUUCAGCGAAUCAGAGGGCAAGAUCAGGGCCAACGUCACCAUCUUCUCAUUCGACGGCAGGGAUGUUCUCACUGAUGAUGCUUGGCCAGAGAAGAUGAUGUGGCACGGCUCAAGCACGCGCGGCCAGCGCGUCACAGACAGCUACUGUGAGACGUGGCGUGAAGCUAACCACGCCCUCACGGGGAUGGCCUCCUCGCUCCAAGAUGGCCGUCUCCUGCAGCAGACACAGCGCAGCUGCACCAACUCGUACGUGCUGCUGUGCAUCGAGAACAGCUCCAUUGCCUAGCAACGCUGUCUCGGCAACCACCUCCUUCUCCAGACACCAGUUCCUAGUGGUCCUAAAUGCAGACUCUGAUACACUGGCCUUUUAAAGAUGAUGCCAACACUCGUUAAUUGGGUGAUUUAGAACAUAGAGACAUCAGUGGCAACAGGUACUAGUGUGUGUAAAUCUCAAGUCAGCUAGUUCUGCUUGCUCAAAAAGAGUGCCUUCACAUCCUGUCUGGUGUUGACUGGACCUAGCCAUAGUCAUCCUGGCACAUUUUAAAUUCCAUUGGUGUCUCUUAGCAAUUACAAUCCAAGUUUUGUGUAUUAAGAUAUUUUAAGUGUUCUUGUUGAGUGUCCCUUUAAGAUGACCAACCAUGACUGUGUAAGAAAUGCCUGUCCGAAACUCGUGUGUUUGGACAGAUGUCUAACAUCAGGGGGUUGUUUUGGCUGAGGUCAGAGUUCACAAUCACACAUUCCAAAACAAAAUUGUUUUCCCAGUGCACUUGGGAGUCUGGGCUCCUCUGUGGGCCCCCCCUGCCUGUGUAUUUGAAUGCCAGUGAGGAUCGCCCCCUCUGUUGAGGGUACCGGUUGUCCAUUCCACCCAUUUCAAUGUCCCGACUUCAGGGACACAUACUUUUAUGAUUGCCCUUUUAUCUCAGCUAAAAUUAGGGGGGACCAGCCAUUCAUUCAUAGUUACAUUUCCAUUAGUGCACUGAGUAUACUGUUUUAUAUGUACUGUAUUUAUAUACAUAGCUACCACUGUCAAAACACAACUGUCUCUGAGCCAGGCCUAAAUCCAUGAGGAAAUAAGACUUUUAUAAUUCAUCUGAUAGAGGCACAGAGUACUUUCAGAAAGUAGAAUGGCAUCAGAUUUGUUUUACCUGAUUACACUUAACAUGGCAAAGUAUACUAGUAUCACCUGUGCUUGUGUAAUCCUUAGAGUAUGGAUUACUUUAUAUGGUUACAGUAUUGGGUUCUUUGUGGUUAACCGAGGCAAUGAACAGGUUGUGAUUGGUGUUGCCAUGUUUGCGUGCUUGUGAUUUAUGACGAUGAUGUUAAGCUGCCUUCUGACCAAAGAUAUAGGGCUGGCACUAGUGGGGUCAAUAGAUUCAAGGUGCAGACAGCGUUGAAAGGACAAGAGAGAAUGAUAUUAUUGGAAUGGAUUGUACAUGGAAAAGAAUGCGUGUUUUAUUUUUGUAUAUGUAUUUUAAUUCACAUUUUUCAAAACAACUUUUUCCAUUAUUGUAACGUCGUUUCCCAUAUUAACAUACUUGGUAUUUUGUAACGUACACUUUUUUUACUCCUCAAGGAAUACUUACUUAGAUUCAAUAUUUAUUUCUGAAGAUACUACCACCAUAACCAUAAAGUCAGUGUUUUAUUUUCUGAGUCAUAACAGGUUAUAUCAGAAAAAAAAAGAACAGAACUUCACCUGCAGCCUGCUAGCAUUCUUUUUUCUAGCUUUUUGACCUAAUCAGCAGACAAGGGGUUGAAAAUGUGUAUUACCAUUUUGAGUUCAAUAAUUUGCAGACUUACAACACUUAAGGCAAAGUGAACUAACACAUUCCGCAGUCGCGACUGCUACUACUGUUUAUGAAAGUGGACCCAAGUAAGAUAUCUAAACAUGCUGAUAAUGGUUAAGAAAACAUACUGAUAAUGGUUAGGAAAACAUACUGACUGAUAAGACAUGAGCAUAAUGUUGAAGUUUUGUGCUGAGGCUGCAGUAUUGCCAGUCCCAGGGGCAUCCUUUCGCCACUGUAAAGCUGCCAGCCUCAGUGGGAAUCAAAUGUACUGUACAAUCUUCUAAUGCUAAUCAUGUAAGCCUGGGGAUAACACACUACACACUACACACACUAUGCAGUUUCUCUGAAGAACACUUCAUGCCCAAGCCUUUAGCCCUCGCUUGUGCACUGCCAAAAAAAAUGGGUGAGAUUAUUUUUCACUGAAGUCAUUGGUAAUCAAUCAUUCACGGUUCAGAAAUGUAUGACUUUUCUCCAAGGCACUAACUUUUCUAAUAAAUGUUUUCCCACAAAA